AGGCGGUGUAGAACUACACCCUCCGAAUGAUAGAUGCGCCCCCAUGAUUAUGCCUUGACACAGCGUAAGUGUUAUCCUUAAUUUUUAUUCGUUUGACGGAUUGAAGAAUAGCGUCCCUUCGCGAUUAGUGAGACCACACCAGCCGCGUCAUCUGGAAAUAACCCUAACCUACUCGCUUGCUCGACAACACUAUGAGUUUUGCCCCAACUAGAAGAACUACACAUAAUCUUAAAAGCAGAACGCGCGGCCGAAGCCGUUCGUCGUAACUUCAAGUUCAAGUGCAUAAAAGAUUCGAAAACGCCAUGAGGCUCAGGAGCUAGAGGACCAACAAGCAUGCAAUCCUGUUGCGUUUCAUCCAGCGUCCGAGUUUCCGAUCGAAUCAAGGGUGGAGCUACUAGUACCAGUACGACAGCUGCGAACCCAGGUGCGGCGGAUCCAGUCACAACCACCACACGAACUAGUACUUCGACAGAAGUAAAUACGCAAGACGAGCAGGAGAAGUCUCAAGAAAGAACCGUACUAGAGGGGACCCACGCAAAUCCGGAGCCGCCCUCACAGUCCUCUACUUCCGCCCACGACAACGGCAAGAACUACCCAGCAGUGGUACAACCUCCUCUUCAAAGACCUUAUUUCUUGGGGGCGAUGAACAAGCUCCACAUCCAGUCUUUGCCGGAAGGCGAAGCGCGAAACCUCGCACACAACAUCACCACGGACCGGAAGAACCACGAAAGUGAUCCACAAGCACGUAUCCCCCGAAAGAAAAAAGAUGUUAUUGUAUACGCAUAAUUUGUAUGUACCUUCAGCAACACAAACUUUCUCUGCGUGAUAAAUAUAGAAAGCUAUGCUAUGCAUUCACGCAGAUGAGACUCCUACUUUGCAAAACACGUGUAAGUUCUAGUAGGGAAGUAGGCUCCUGAAGCGUACUCGGCAACAUGAGAGAACUUGUCUGUAGUUUUGUCAUCUCACUCGCCCGCAACAACGUGUGUACUUAAAUAAAAUGUGUAAAGUGUGUAACACUUUUCUUUUUUAAUUGCAUACUACGCCCGACUCUGCUGACCGGGGUGUCGCCCGCAGCGAAACUGGCGGUAGACGCCCAGAAUAUCCCGGCCCCAAUGGUCACUGACAGCGAGUCUCUGUCCUUCUAUUUGGAUGAGAGCAGCGAGGAGUCCGUUUUUUCUGGAGGAGGUGCUGGCGCAGUAAAGAAUAAUUAUAGAGAACCUCCACGCCAGUCACAGUACGCUCAUCAUCACCAUCACCAUCAUCAUCAUACUCACCACGAAGACGAAGUAGAUGAAGACACGGACUUGCUGUCGAAAGCUUCGGACCUGCUUCUGAACGAAAUGACAGAGUUGACCCUCGAGGAAAAGGACCACAUCGCCACGCGGUACUUGCAGCAGGUGCGGCAAAAGUGCGAAGAACUGGACAAGAAACUCUCUCACGCAAUCCAGGUUUGCGCAAACGAUAUCGCGAAGAAGCAAAUGGACCUGAAACAGAAAAGUUUUCGUGCGAAGAUGGAGAAAAUGCGGCAGCUGGAUCUAAAAUUGGGGGAAAAAUUGAAGGCCGUCGACGACCAGGCGGCGACGCAAAAGCAGCAAGUUUGGAGGAAGGUACUGCUAUUUGCUACAGCUGCUUCACUAAAAAAAUAAAUUUGAAUAUAUUUGUUGUAAAUUUGUUUUUCUUUUUAUUCCAUCUCCAUCUAGAUCUAGCAAGAGGACGAACUGGUCGUACUACUGAUGAUUGUUUUCGGUCCUCUUGCUGGAUGACGGUUCUUGAGAUACACACAGUGCGCCGUAGUUCCUGUUUCUUCACUUUCGUCGUAUACUGCAUACAAAUGAAAUUGAAAAGUUUUGCGUCUGUAUGCAGCCAAAACGACAAUUGAAAGUUGAAUAUACGGAUAUUGUUCAAUCUUCAGGUGCAAGCCCAAGGUCUUCUGAUCAAGCAGGAGUGCGACCGGCUAGUCCGCGAACGGCAGGAGGCGGCGGACAAGGCCUUCGCGGACAAAAAGGCGGCCGAAGAAGCCGUGCGUGGUGGAGGUCUUCAGCUGGUGCAGGCGAAACCCGAGGAGGGUCUUGAAAGUACUUCUACUCGGGAACAUAGUAUGCAGCAGGACAACAUCAUCCAACUGUCAAAACAAACGAUCGACGGCACAGGAUUUUCACCCAGUGUUGUACUUGGUUCCAAGCAAACCUUGUCGCUUGGCCCUUCCCGAUCCCGGGAGCGGAGCCCAGAGGACGAAAAAUUGAAACAGCUGAUCUCGAAAGGAACCAGGGGCAGGUUGGACCACUCCUCGUGCAGCAGGGGAGAUGAGGCAGUGGGACAAGGGCUGUCGAUAUCGGGUGAGAAGCAGAUGAGAAAGAACUCGAAAGAGCUGCAGCAGAUACACGGAGUGGACGGAGCAGUUGUACCACGAUCCGGGGCUGGUCGUGGCGGGGCAGCAACUGACAGUACAACGACUGCUAGCCAUCAUCCUCACCGUCAUCACCACAAAGUAGUAGUAGAGCACACCGGCCUGCACCACGGCAACCACAAGAAUUGGUACGAGCACACGAUGGAACACGCACUGUUCUUUGACGACGCGACCGCGCGCAAGAGGGCGGAGGAGCAGAAACUCGCCGAACAGAAGCGACGCGAGCAAGAUCUGUUCCGGCAAUCGCCGGCGUUCGCGCUCACUUUGCUGCGCGACCAGCCGGAUUACACCACAGGGAAAGGUAGAAGUGGCGCAAAUUAUACCAACAUCGGUGGUCCUUCAUCCCGUAGCAUGUCGCCCAGCACCCGGACCACUACGAGAAUCGACCGGCCCGUGAUCUUAUGAACUGCAAAAGUGAUGUCGUACUCGUAGUAAUUGCAACCAUGCAUUAUUAACCUUUAGGCAAAAAAUCUGCAUUACAAGAUCGAUUUGUGGUCAUGCUGACAAAAUUUGUGAUGCGAUUUCUACUAGUACGAUACUUUAUUUGCAGUUCAUAGAUCUCGCAGGGCCACCACGCCCGCGCGGGCCUGAUCAACGAGCGGGCGUAUUUGCAGUCGCGCGGGAUUUUGGUGCCCCCCGUCGGGAUCGAUGUGGAGAAGGCGAAAAACCUGGAGCAGCACGAUUCCAACGGUGGAAUCGAUUUCCGGAAGUGCGACAGCCCCUUCUACAUGCCCGGCGUGUCGGAGGAGCAGAAGGAGGAGUGGCGGCGCAUUGUGGAGGAAAACAAGCACUUUUUGCAGGAUUUUCAGCAGGAAACCCUGCUCCAGCACGAGCUCCACGAAAAAUUGAUCGCCGAACGGGUAAAGGAAAUCUCCAAGUCGCCCGUACAGGUGACCAGAAUUACAAACCUCGGCGAGGACCACGGGGUGGAACAAGCUAAUAAUAUUAACACCGGCCGCGGCGCGGGGGAAAUGAAACAUGCGGAGGACAAGAACCACUCUGUAGCUACCAUGUCGCCUGUUGAAGCUGGUGCCGGAAAAAUAGAUCAGAACUCUCUGCUAAUCCACGACAGUGACGAGGAACCGACGGUGAAUAUCGGCGGGAUCACCAUGACCGCCGACGAGUACACGACGACGGUCAAGAAGGAGCUGCUCCGGCACAGCAGCACCAGCAGCGACCAGAUUUUAUCUCGCGACCCCAGCCCAGAGAACAGCCGUUUCGUCUCGACGAUUUCUCUGCAAGAAGGUGGAAGUGCCAACGUCGACGAGCGGAAAAGUAUUAAAUCAAGCGGACUAGUACAACGAGAUGAACAAGUUAUGAGCACUUCUGGUUCAUCUCCGGUGACAACUUCUUCCCUCGUGCAAGAGUUGUUGGACCGGAAGUACUAUGCAUUGCAAAAGUAUCGUACUAGUAUGAAUUGCAUUACAAAUUAGCUCAGCAUGAGAAUGAAGAUAUGUAAUGCUGUUUCGCCUUAAGAAGAAAAUUUGUCAUGCAUAUUUGCAAUUAGUACGCGUACGAAACUUUUGCACAGGAUAAGUACCCCUCCAACAGCGACAAGAAUUCCUACCAGCUGCUAUUCCCAUGAAAAACGCCCCCACCCGCGAACUUUAAAGCAUUUGUGUUGCAAACCUGUCCAAAUGAAACACUCGCCCUCUACUUGCAUCUAUCAGCAUCACAGAUUUCCGAUCGUGAAUAGCAAAAAUUUGUAUUGCAAAAGAUCCCAGCAAGAGCGGCGCUUGUCAUGCAAGCGAUGCGAAACACGCCUAGAAUUUGCAUCAGAAAGAUUCAUUAUACUCCGUUCAUGCAUGACAAGAAGUUUUCAUUUGGAAAUUUCGCAUCACAAUCUUUUGCAACUUUGGGAGUGGGGGCAUUUUUCCUCGCGAUAGCUGCUGUCCCGCACCUCCGCCGGCGACGCGUUGGCGCUGGAGCAGGAGGUGGUGGUGGCGCACAUGGAGAGCAGUGUGAGUACUAACGCGGCCACGACGACCAUGAACAGCACCACGGGGAAUUAUAACACGAGUGUCCAUCAGAGCUGCAAGCUGCACGCGAAAAACCACGUGGCGUUUUUUACGUCCGACGCCUUCAAGAAAGAUUUGUUCCACAAGGCGGCCAAGAUGCUGCAGCGCGUCAAGUUGCACCGGCAGACGACGUUGUACACCAACGCGGACAACGUGAAAUACACACGGAAAUUCAUGGAAAAGUUGAAACAGCAGGAGUGCGAGAAGCUGGAGAAGCAACGGAAGGAGUUCGAACUGAAGGUGGAGCGCGAGAACUGCGUGGAAUCCAUAUUGUGAGGAAAAAUCCCCCCUCCCCAUAUCGAAAUGGCACGCCUCAGAGAAUUUGUGAUGCGGAUUUGUGACCACAAAUCGUGUCUGUCUUGCAAGAAAGCGACGGCAUCGGCUCCGAGCCACUAUGCAAGUCGUUUGUAAUGCUGUUGGGCCUACAGCAUAGACGUUCCUCAUGCUAAGCGACUAGGCCAAAACCUCUUUGCAUUCAUUGGCGCGACAUGGGCCUGCAGUCCUCUAGUGCGCGACAGAGCUGAUUUGUGUAUACAAAUCCAGCAGCAGAAAUUUCCGUUUCAAUAUGGGGAGGGGGGAUUGUUCAUUUUGAUAAUCCAAGAAAUUCCUGAACCGCAGGGCGAGCGAGAUAGAAACGGAACCGAGUAUGCUGGAGAAGUACCGGUCAAAUUUCGAAGACUUCAUCGUCCAGGUCACGCCGCGGGGCAGAACCCUCGCCGUGGACUACGAAGCGGUGAAACGGAAGGGCAGAAGCCCGGAGCCGGUGCUGCUCUCUGCGCCCCCGGGGGGCGUGGUGGGCGGUCGUGGAGGUGAUGAAGCCGCGGCGAGGGCGGCCGGGGAAGAAGUACUGCCGCUUGUUGAUGGGCGAGAGACUCCGCAAGAAGAUGUUCAUAGUGCGGUCAGUGGAGGUGCUGCAAAUGCUGGUGGCGGUAGCUUGUCGAAACAAACGCAUAUUAACUUUACCACCAGCGAACACAUGCAGCAACUGCGCAGCCCGGCAGCGUCGAAGAACACAGCAGGACCAAAUCGAACCCCGGACUCGUCGAAAAAUAGUACUUCUGGCAAGAUUGUUGAAAAUAAUAGCAACGUGUCGACGAGCUUAGAAGUAGGAGCCCGACAAAAUGCGUUACCGAACCAGAUCGAGAUCCAGAUUUUGCAGCCACAGUUCAUCUCCGCGUCUGCAAGCUACGCGGGCAACAUGUUGAACAAGACCACGACAGCACCGCUGAUCAUGGGCACAGCAACAACGACCGCGACGCAAGCAAGUACGACCCGUAGACUCAACGUUCCGGUGUUCGCCAACCCGCUCACUGCAGUGAACACGCCGGUGACCUUGGGGGUACCAGCGAAGAUCCCAGCGGUGGUCACGACGACCAGCACGGGGGUAUUCAACAAUAGCCAGAAUAAUUUCAACCCUGCAGCAGGUGGACCACCUGUAAUCCCUCCCCCACCCGCUUUCCUUCGCAGCGAGAGCGUGCGUAGCCUCCGCGGGGGCGCACCGACGUCCACUUCGGCUGGUGUACUAGCUGCGCGACAGUUGCUACCCGGUCGUGCGGAGCAGGAUGAUAAUUACUCGUCGUCUUCAUCUCGACAGGCUAGAGGAGCACCGACACGACCAACUACCGAUGAUUCUACUACGAACGGAGCAUCACUGUCUCUAAUGUCGCCGCGUACGUUAGACUCCCCGCGGGAUCGGCGGCGGGUGGUGCCGCAGGUAGAAACGGAUUCGCAAAGCAACAUCACGUAUCCUGUGCACAAGUGUCGUACUCGUAGUAAUUGCGGCGAUGCACCAUGACAAAUCUCCUAUUUUAGGUAAAUCAGCAUUACAAAUUCUACGUUUUCUCCUUCGCGAUAAAAUUUGUCGUGCUAUUUCUACGUAGUAGGAUACUUUUGCAAUGCAUAUCAAUCGGUGGAACCCCGCACCGGGCGGGUUCACGCGGCCCCUGGUGGGCACGCAUGGGUUCGAAUUACGGGUCAUGCCCUCGGCGGGAGGAGGAGCAGCUCCUUCGGGGAGAAGUUUUUUGAACGUACCUGCUAUAGUAAUGUUUAUGUUUGUUUCUGUUUGAUGUCAUUUUCAUUUUCUAUUUCGAUUCUUUUUUUUCUUCAACUGGUGGAUUGUUGUUCUUUUUAGAUAUUGCAGAUUCACUAAACCAAUACAUAAAGAUCAAUCGACGCAUAACAGGCCCGCAGCCUCUCGCCUGCGAAGGUGACCACAUCGAGUGCAGGGCUCAUUGCUCCUUCCAGUGAUGAAAAUCGUGAACAACACGACGCUGAACUUCAAAACACGACUUCCAUUCCCGAGGACGAGCAGCAACGUGGUCUCCGUUCGGCUUCCGCAACCCGCGGGAGGAUGAAUAUUAACCUGCCGGCGCAUUCGAACUCGUUCCCCCGCACAGAGUCCUUCCACGUCCUUCCCACGGCGAAAUUGAAUUUUGGCACGACUUUGAACGCGAAUUUGCUUUCGAUGACAUCAUCCUCCGGAACUUCUAUGAUGAGUUUUAAUAUUAACCGCGCCAGUAGUUGUAAUAUGCCGAACCUGACCAACACGAUCCAGCCCCCGCGCGUGAGCACCACCGUAGCAGCUGCAACUAGUCCUUCCCCGGGCUGCUCUCCGGUGAUGGCCCCCGCGCAUCAAAAUAGUAGAGAGGCGCCAUUGACAACAUUGUACAACAAGAAUCACGCCCGACAGGAGUCGCUGCUCUUUCGCGACGGCGACGGCGGGGAUUCGUUCCACGGGCUCACGACCCUUCGCGGCGGCCACGCGAGCGGAAGGAGUAAACUCAUGCAGACGAACGUGGCAAACCGGUUUGAAGCCGGGUUAAACGACAUCCAGGCCAUAUUACAAUGAAAAAUGCGCCCACCCUCGAACUUGGGAGCAUUUGUAUUGCAAACCUUUCCAAAUGAAACGCUCGCCCUCUUGCAUCUAUCAGCAUCACAGGUUUCCAAUCGUGAACAAUAGCAAAAAUUUGUAUUGCAAAAGACCCCAGCAAGAGCGGCGCUUGUCAUGCAAGCGAUGCGAUACACGUCUAUACUCUGCAUCAGAAAGAUUCAUACUCCUUUCAUGCAUGACAAAAAGUUUUCACUUGGAAACCUCGCAUCACAAAUUUUUGCAAUUUCAGGGGUGGGGGGCAUUUUUCACUGUAAUAGGCCAAUUACGCGAAGGUCAUGGCCGGCGUGCAGUCACCCGUGGUGCCGCCGCAGUGGUUCGUUGUAUCUUCCGCCGGGGAACAACGAGCAGGACCUUGACGAUGACCAGGGCAUGAUGAACAGCGUGGCAGUAGCUACGUGUCGAUGCACCUGCGCAACGUCUUCUUCAGCAGUUUAAUUCUUUGUAUUUGUUUUUGAUUUCAAUGUUUUCAUUGAUUUAGUUUCAAGGUUGCUAGCAUUGUUGUACUCUGAUGAUUGCACGCAGCAUUCUACAGAGGAAUUUCGGACAGUUUCCCUUGAAUGGUUUUCGAUAAAAAAGUUUCCCGUGUAUCCGUAGUCGUACUAAGUGUAGUAGUGCAGUACCCAUGUUGUAUACCAUUUUCUUUGUCGACGAACGUUUUUUCUCGAGGCAAAAAACGAAGCGCGAUACCUUUCUUAUUUUCCCCAUACUGACAAUGAGUUAAGUGUGAGGACGGACAGCUACGCAUUAUCGUCUUCGUAAAAAAUAUUCAUAAACGCAUAUUGCAUCAUGACGUUUUUGAACAAGCAAAGUGAAGUACCCAUAAGCAUAUAAAAGUCCUAGCAUAAAUGUAGUUGUAGAUCUGGGUACUUCUCUAGUACUUGUAUACCAUUUUGAUGCUCUACUUCUCGGGAAAAUCGAACACACACAUGUGAGUGACCGCAGAAGGUUUGUUGCCCAUCAUGCGAAUGUACUGUAUCUAUUGCACUUGAAAUUGUUACAGUUUCUUUCCAACAUGAUUGAUGGACG